AUGAUGUCUUUAAAAUACAUCAUCGUCUUUACAGUUUGUCCAUUAUUUGUUUUUGCAAAAAAAGUUGACAUUCCUCCAGACCUACAAGAAGAAAUUAAUAGGUAUUAUGAUACAUGUUUCAAACCAAUAGGUGUUACAACAGAUGACCUGAAAGCUUAUAAUGUAGGUGACAAAGACCCUAAAAUAAUGUGCUUCAUGAGAUGUGUUUUUAUUGAAGGCAACUGGAUGGAUGAAAACGAAAAUUUACAAUACGAUUACAUAAAAGACACAAUUCAUCAUGCUAUAAGGCACCUCACUCUGCCAGAAUUGGAAAACUGUGGAAAGAAAGCAGAAACCGGAGACAAGUGUGAAAAAUCAUUGAAUUUCUUUACUUGUAUGAACAAAGCUGAACCAGAAAACUGGGUUCUAGUUUAA